GACUGUGUUUCAGGGGGUGUGAAUGAUGGGCCCCUGCUGUCACUAUGCCUGCUCUGCGUUGGACAUUUCACCUCGCCACUGUAAAUUUAAAAAGGGGAUUACAUUUUGCUGACAACUGAUUUCACGGCCGUAGCUUGACCAAGUGCAGACAGCUGACGCGCUCCUCUGGCAGAAAGACUUAAUACAGCCCGCAAUUGCGGGAUCUGGGAUUUCUACAAGCUCCUAAAACAAGGCUGUCGGGGAGGAAAAAAAACGUGAUCUGGACCACAGCAUCACAGAAAACCCCUGUCAGAGGUUCAUGUUGGCACCUUUAGCCGUCGGACUUCUUCUCUCCGGGGGAAGGGGGGCAAAGCGUUUGGUAGUUGAUUGGGCGUUUUUGGACGCGCUCGGUAAAACGGCGAUGCUACGGCGACGCGCAGGAUCCGUAGGGGGAAGAGACAGGUGAGGUGCGGCUGCAGGAGCUGCUGUUUCAGAGAGAGAGGCUGUCGGUCUCCAUCACCCACUUGCCCACCGAGACGGAGAGCAGCGACCGGAGAGGGGCACCUGUCUCAGCCCCCCAUACCUACCUGUCCAUCUGGUGCGUGCAUGUGUGCUGCUGCCAUGGCGACCGUGGCUCCUCCCCUCACAUUUCUUCUGUUGCUGCUUCGACUCGCUGACGGCUCAUUCCCAGAGGAGCCCAGUCCCCUCAGCUACGUCCCUGUAGAGGUGGUGAGGAGAUACCCAGUGUUCCUGGGCAGAGCUCAUCGUUCAGCUCAGAGACUGGAGCUGCACAUCCAGACGGUCCUCCAAGUCAACCGCACGCUCUACAUAGGAGCCAGAGAUGACUUGUACAGAGUGGAGCUGGAUAACAUGGCAGGUGAUGAGAUGUUUUACAGCAAGAAACGGACAUGGGAAUCCAAUAAGAACGACAUUCGAGUGUGCCGGAUGAAGGGCAAACAUGAGGCAGAGUGUCGUAAUUUCAUCAAGGUUCUGCUCAGCCAGCAUGGUGGCCUGUUUGUAUGUGGAACAAAUGCCUUCAACCCACUGUGUGCCAAUUACACUAGAGACACCCUAGAGAUGGUGGGGGAGCCCGUCAGUGGGAUGGCACGGUGUCCAUAUGAUCCACGACAUGCCAACGUGGCUUUAUUUGCAGAUGGAAGUCUCUUUACCGGCACCGUGACUGACUUCCUCGCCAUCGACGCGGUGAUCUAUCGAAGCCUUGGCGACAGCCCUGCCCUCCGCACAGUCAAACACGAUUCCAAAUGGUUCAGAGAGCCUUACUUUGUGAGCGCUAUGGAGUGGGGGCCUCAUAUUUAUUUCUUCUUUAGAGAGAUGGCAAUGGAGUUUCAUCAUCUGGAGAAGGUGAUGGUGUCCCGUGUGGCUCGUGUGUGUAAGGCAGACCUGGGCGGCUCUCAGCGUGUCCUUGAGAAACAGUGGACCACGUUUCUAAAGGCACGGCUCAACUGCUCCGUCCCGGGAGACUCACACUUCUACUUCAACCUCUUACACGCCACAAGCGGCAUAAUCCACAUGCAGGGACGGGAUGUGAUCCUCGGUCUCUUCUCCACGCCGCCAAACAGCAUCCCCGGCUCUGCGGUGUGUGUGUUUGACAUGCAGCAGCUCGCCCAUGUCUUUGAGGGCCGGUUUAAAGAGCAGAAAUCCCCAGAGUCUAUUUGGACUCCGGUGCCGGACGAAGCGGUGCCGAGACCGAGACCAGGAGGAUGUGCAGUGCAGGGAUCCAGAUUUAGCUCCUCUACCACGCUGCCAGACGAGGUGCUGAACUUUGUGAAGACCCACCCACUGAUGGACGAGACCGUUCCACUGCUGGGACAUAGACCCUGGGUGGUCAAGACUAUGGGAAGAUACCAGCUGACAACCAUGGUGGUAGACACAGAAGCUGGUCCCCAUAAGAACCGUACAGUCUUGUUCCUGGGCUCAACCAGAGGAACUGUCCUCAAGUUCUUAAUGGUUCCCAGUGGAGACUCUGUCUCCCACAGCAGUGUGUUUCUGGAGGAGGUGGAGGGAUUCAACCCAGAGAAGUGUGGUGAGGACACCCCUCAGGCCCGUCAGCUCUUGUCGUUGUCAUUGGAUCGGUCCAGCCACUCUCUGCUGCUGGCCUUCCCCUCCUGUCUGGUGCGAGUGCCCACGUCUCGCUGCCACCUGCACUCUCGCUGCAUGAAGAGCUGUCUGGCCUCCAGGGAUCCGUACUGUGGCUGGACUAGAGGCAGCACCUGCUCAUUCUUGAGACCAGGCACAAGGCUGCCUUUUCAACAAGAUGUGGAAUAUGGAAACACCACCUCCCACCUAGGAGACUGUGACGGAAUUCUGCAGCAGAGUUUGCUGAUUGAGCCGGAGAGCCUUGUUUCCCUCAACCUGCUCGUGGCGUCUGCAGUCUCUGCGUUUACCAUCGGGGCGGCGCUCUCUGGCCUCGCCGUUUGUUGGAUUAUGGCCCACAAGCCUGCCAACCGUCGCCACGGCAACACCUCCCAGUCCUCUAUCCAGCGACGUGAAAGAGGCCUGCUUAGUAACGGCGGCGGAAUGGGAGGGUCUGUGCUGAGCGUCACGCGGCAGGGAGGUGGGGAGCGCCCCUGCACUCAGGGCGGGGAAACCCUCUUCGUCAUGCCCAAUGGCUGGGUGAAGUCAGGAGAGCUUGACCCCGGCUUCCUGCCCACCCCAGAGCACACACCCCAGCAGAAACGCAGAGGCCUGCGACUGUCUGACUCCAAUUCAGGAGGGUGGGACACCAGCCAGACAUACCUGGGGGGAGGCUCUGUGGGUCUAGGAUCACCUUGCCGCAUUCCGCCCUCUGUGUACCUGACCACCAGACUGUUUCAGCAGGGGGGUGGUGGGAGACACGGUGGUGAGUGCCGAGGAAAUGACACGCCACGCCAGCACUAUGUCUGCCUGAGCAAACAAGAGAGAGCAGGGAAAGGGACGCCCAAAGCCCCGCUCAGGAAGUCUGCAGGAGAAUAUGUAUACCCCAUGACCCCCCAGGACUCGCCUGAGCGUCGGAGGGUGGUCUCAGCACCCAGCGCCCCUAUGGAAUACGGUGACCCGCUGCCUUUGCGCUGGCCGGCCCAGGAAGGAUACAUCCUAAGUAGCCACGGCAUGGUCCCUGUCCCUCUGCCUCCCCCCUCCAUGCCUGCGCCCAGUGGCCAGGCGUAUGUGUCCCAGCAACAUACCCCCGGGCUGAGCAGGGCUCUGCUGAGAGGGGCCCUGGAGAGAGGGGAGCUGGGCGAGCUGGUGGAUCUCAGCCACCUGAUGAGUAAGAAGAACUGCAGUGAUAGGACUCAGACUGGCCAGUGACUGUUGAGGAAAUGAAGGGGACAACUUUUCAUGUCCGGAGCACUCUGUUUUAUUUACACAGAUCUCUCUUUUCUCCCCAUUCUGUCCAUCCCUCUCUCCCAUCCCUUCAUCCUUAUUUCAUUGUCAUUCAGCCCCUCUGAUCUCCUCUGUCGGCCUCUCCGACACACCUUCCCACCCACCCCAAUUUCACCCCAUGACAAGUCUCUCCUCAUGACUGGCUGCUGGGUCUGCCACUCAUAUCCUGGCUCACACUAAUUGGUCAGAUGGACUGAGGUUGUUGCUGUGUCUGCAUUGCAGAGUUGCCUCUCCCCCUGCCGCUACUCAGCAGCAGCAGAAAGAGGGAGGAGAGAGGAUGGAGAGGAACGACAGAGAGCAGAGUGGGGGGCAGACAGGAUGUGGACAAAGAUGGACACAGCACUUAGGAGCUGUCUUCACUGUGCAGAUUAACUGAGGUUGCAGAACCAGUCAGGUGCUGCCGCAGGCGCGGGGUGCUUUUUCCCUCUUGGAUAACGCUGACAAGACUGCCACCCAUCUGCUCCCCGCUGUGGUACCUGUUGUUCUGAUGCCCACUCGGCACUUGAACUGAAAUAACACAUUUUGAACAUCGUCAAUGGAUACGUUCCUGAAUACCUGAAGCUCUAGCUGACUCAUCAGACAAAAACUGAAGUCAUUGUGAUUGAAAACGAAAAAUCGAAUGGAAGACGAAGCAACACCAAUUCCUUCUCUCUGUUCCUCUUCUUAUCUUUCUCCCUGCAGAACACAUACAGAAGAUGGAUACAUGUAUUUGUACCGGUGGGUAAUUAGUAUUCCAUGUACACAAGAGGGAAGGCGUGAGUGCCAAAUGCCUCCGACCCGUCUCACGGGGAUAUGGCACCAUAACUCACUUCUUUGGAGAGCAGAGUGCGGGACUGUAAUGUCAGCACUAUUUCUGCCAACCGCAUGCUCCCUGUAACGGCGGCAUCUCGGCCGCCCAUCGCUCUUUUUGUUUGCCUUCUUCCACUCCACAUACUCUUUAAUGACUAAUAAUUCCAUGAGGACGUCGGGAUAGGUUGCACUACAACACUGGACUGUCACAAAAAUCCCAGCAGGGCAGAAACAUAGAAAGAGGGGGGUGGGGGAGAGGAUUUUAGAGAAUUUAAAUGAAAUUUUAAGUAAAUGCACUGCAGUUUAUAUACAUUCUCACCUUCACUGUCACCUUAAGGUUUUUUCCCACAUUUAGAAACGUUCAUUAAAGCUGCAUUAUAGAACACAGUCCGUUCUUAUUGGACAGAAUUUCCCAUUAAGCCCACAGUGGGUCAAGGUCCCACAGAUAUGAUGCAGAAUAAAGUGACAGUUACAGUGGUGAUGAUUGAACCCUCUGGCUUAACUCAGAGCCAAUAGGGAUAAUGGAAAUGUUCCCAGCAGGCAAAUGAGACUAUAUAUUCAUCAUAUCAAAGUGUCCAGUUGCAUGAAAUGGUCUCUGUUCAGAUCAACACAACAUGGUCUUGAGUGUGUAAGCGAGGAGAUGGGAGUCAUAAAACCAGACAAGAUAAAUAAGAAAAAGCAGAAACAAAUUCCAACUUGAUGAAAUGCGGUGCAACAACAACCAUAGAGAAGAUGUUGUUCUAGCCGACGACAUGACCCGAGAUUUCCACUCUCAGCCGCGGUCAGCACAAUGAACGCCGGUUUGUGCUGGCCUUUUGGUGAGCAGCAAUAUAUGGUUUAUGUGUACAUAGUAAACUUUCAUUUAGAUAAAAUGAUAAUGUAAGACAAACGGUAAUUCCAAAAAAGGAAUAUCAGGCAUUACCUUGCAAACAAAAGUAAACAUUUUUCAUGUCAUUAAAGCUAUUGAUAUAUGAAAAUCUGUUUCUGUGUAUAUUUCAUAACAACGUGCUCCAAGAUUGAAAUCACAGAGACACUUAUUACGACCAGUGUCGUUUUUCUUUUACAUCUGUACGUCAACUCCCAACUGAUGAAUGAUUUACUGAUGCCUGAUUAUCGAAGCAAAAAAACCCUGAGAGAAACGUGUUUAAAGUGCCAUGAAGAAGACCAUUUCAAACAGCAGUGCACCUAGUUCAUGUACUGUGCUGUUGGAGAGAUCAAUUAUUGCAGUAUACGUGUGAAAUGUAUGCCUUUGACCUUACAAGCUGAAUGUUCUCUUCUUUCAUUUCAAUGUUGGCUUGUACUGUUGAAAUCGUUUGCCCGACUCCCUCUGAACGCUAUACCAGCAGUGUUUGAGGGUCUGCUCAUGAACUGCUUUGAUGCAUCACACCAACAUGAUGUGCUGUAAAUACGCAAGGAUAAACACAAACACGAUGUCUUGUUUUUUAUGAUUAUACUGAAUUGUAUUCACUUAAACCAAGACAUGAAGAGCUGAUGUAUAAAAACGACGAUUCAUUAGUAGUUCAUAAGCAAACCUUCAAAUGGACUGAAGAGCUGUGAGGGAGCACUGUAUAUAUCUCAUUUUUGUGUUUUGAUGUAGUCUAGUGACUCUCUGUCUGUCAUUGCCAACCAACUGCCAUACUGAAGGAUCCUGAAAAUACUUCUCAGCAUCCUGAGUGAAUGAAUGCGCCCAUUCUUUUCUGUUUAUCGUCAUUCUACUGUGCAGUAAUAAGGAAAAGCACAUUUUUUUGCAUUCUGAAAAGGAGCUGCCCUGUAUCAUUUGUGAAUAGUGUAAAUAAUCAUGCUGAUGGUAUAGUGUAUCGGUUUGG